AUGGAUAGAUAUUUAAAUUAUAAAUGUGUACUUAUAUUGAUACUUAUCAAAUGUGUAUACUCUUCUGAUAAAUCAGAUGAUCUACACACAGGCCCUAUACCCAGUUGUGAUAGUGAUGAUGGAAAUUUUGAGGUAUCUGAAACUACUGAAAGACUAAAUAAAACUACUCUGAAUGAAACUAUAACUGAAACUACUCAGAAUGAAACUGUUAGUGAUAUAGCAACACAAACAGAUCCACAACAACCAACUCAACCAAUAGUAUAUUAUUUAGUAGAACCACAUCCAACAAUUCAACAACCUACUCAUUCAGGAUAUGAACCACAACCUCAACAACCUCAACAUCCUCAACCUUAUACUGCACAUCAGUAUCCAGGAUAUCAACCUAUACCUAUACAACAACCUAUACCACGACCACAACUAGAACACUAUGGAACAGGAUAUGGACCAAUACCAAUUCAACAACCAAUACCUCCACCACCAAUACCUGUGACUAUACCAAUACCCCAUCCAUAUGAACCACAUCCAAUAUAUCAGUCUGGACCUUAUGGACCUUAUCAAACUCAACCACCUCAAGGUACAGGUUAUUAUGGAACACAACAACCAAUACCAAUUCAACAACCUUAUCAGCCUUAUCAAGAACCUCAAAUACCAAUUCCAAUUCCAUAUCCACAAAUUCAUAUACCAGAACAACAUAUUCAACCACAGCCACAAAUUCAACAACCUUAUGGACCUCAACAUCAACAACAUCCACCAAUUCAUCAGCCUUAUGGACCUAUACCACAGCCAAUACCUAUACCUAUACUACAACCUAUACCUCGACCACAACAUCCACCACUACAACAACCUUAUGGACCACAAAUACCUCGACAACAAAUACCUUAUCAACAUCCACCACUACAACAGCCUAUACCACAAAUACCACAACAUCAACAAAUACCAAUUCAUACACCACCGCAAUCACCUCAUCAAGGAUAUCCAAUACCUUAUCAACCUAUUCAACCUCCACCAGAACAAGGACAUCAACACCCUAUUCCAAUUCCACGACAACCAAUUCCAUCAAUAAGAUUAACUACUUAUGGACCUCCUAGAUUUAGACCACAAGUACCAAUAAGAUUAACUACUUACGGACCUCCUAGAUUUAGACCUAGAGGAAUACCAGGACCUAUAAUUCAGAGACCAACUUAUAUGCCAACUACUGAAUCCAUCAAUUAUGGUCCAACUCAACAAACAAUUCCAACUGAAGAACCUAGUCAGGAAGACUCUAAAGAAUCUACUGAACCUACUCAAACAAUGGAACCUACUGAAACUCAAGACUCUAGUCUACCUACUACUCAUGAACCUAUUGAUGAACCUACUCAAGCUGAAGAACCUACUAAAGAACCAUCUGCUGAAACAUCUACUCAAGCUAAUACUCAAACUGAACCAAUACAUACUACUGAAGAAUUAGAGCCAGAAACUAUUCCAGUAGAAAUUGAAUCAGAUGAAGAUGAAGAACCUCCAAAACCUCCAAGUGGACCUGGAGAUGGAGAUCAGCCACCAGAUAAACCUGAAGAGGGAAGUGGAGAAGAAGGAGAUGGAGAAGAACCUGAAGAAGAAGAAGGAGAAGAUAAAAAACCACCUGAAAUAAUAAGGACAUGUAAAACAAUAACAUUUAUGAAACUGAAUGAGGAAGGUAAAUUAGCUGAAAUGAUUUUGGAAAAAGAUUAUAAAGUUAGAUAUUAUAAUGAAAAUGUGGUAAAAUACAUAUUUGAAAAAACAGUAAAUAAAGUAAUGUGUGAUGGUGAAAUUGUUUAUGAGAAAUUAACUAAUCAUCCUUAUUGUAGAUCUGUAAUUUAUAAUAAAUGUUCAGAAAAUUUUAUAUUUAGGCAUGAUAAACAUUUUAUAUUAAUAAAGUUAGUUAAUAAAAUAUGGAAAAUAGCAAGGAAGAGGAAAUAUCCAAAAUAUAUAAAAUUUUUUGCUAGUAAUGAUAAUGGUAAAUUCGUUCAAAUUGCUGAAGAGUUUUAUAUUGUUAAUGUUAGAUCAACAGGAACCUUUAAGUAUACAUUUACAAAAGAUGUAAAGUGUGUUAAAUUAGUAUUUAAAAAGCAACUAGUAUGGGAAAAAACUGAUAUUGAUGAAGGAUAUCCAACUGGAUUUUCUGUUUCUGAAAGAUUGAGAAUUAUUCUCAUUUUCAAAGGAUAUUUUAAUAUAUAUGAAAGAUCUGAUAAGAUAUAUAGAAAAACAUAUUCAAGUCGGGAUGGAUUAUCUUGA